CAUGAUUUCUGGUACUACAGGGAUCAUGGCUUUUCUUCCUUCUACACCUGAUAUUUCCCUCAAUUUUCAAGAUAAUAAUCAUCACCUUCCUUCCACCUCACCUAAAAUCUUUCCCUCUCCUUCUCUUCCUCAUCAAGAUCACUUCAAUCAUGGUGUAGCAUCAAUGUUAAUGAGGAGAUCCAUGUCUUUUUCUGGUGUGGAGAGGUGCGAUAAUCAUGAGGAUUUGAGAGUGGAGGAUAAUGAAAUGUCGGAUGAGGAUGGAUCAACGCAAUUGUUAGGGGAGAAGAAGAGGAGGCUUAAUAUGGAACAAGUGAAGGCACUGGAGAGAAGCUUUGAAGUGGCUAAUAAGCUUGAACCCGAGAGGAAAAUUCAGUUGGCUAGAGCUUUAGGCUUGCAGCCUAGACAGAUAGCUAUAUGGUUCCAGAACAGAAGAGCAAGAUGGAAGACUAAGCAAUUAGAGAAAGAUUAUGAGAUCUUAAAGAGACAUUUUGAUUCACUUAAGGCUGACAAUCAUACACUCAAGACUCAAAACAAGGAACUUCAUUCUGAGCUACAGUUAUUAAGUGUGAAGAAGAGAGAAUCAUCAGGCGGAGGUGGUACACCAAAUCCAAUAAUGUUUAAUCUUAACAAAGAAAACGAAGGGUGUUGGAGUAAUAACGCAAGUGACGACAACAAUAGCAUUGACGUUAAUCUUGGAACAAGGACAUCAUCAGGUGACAGCCCAUUUUACUCCAAGAACGUUUUCCCACCCGAACCCGGCCCAAUCCCUCUGGCCCAGUUUCUUCAGAGUUCAUCUGAUCUCAGCCAUUGCCACAAGAAUAUUGAUCCAACGGUCCAAGAUGAAGGAUUCUGCAACAUGUUUACUCCUGUCGAUGAUCAUACAAAUUUUUGGCCAUGGCCAGAGCAGCAACACUUUAAUUAAUUUUCUUUAAUAGUAUCAUUCAGUUAUAUCAUCGAACUCUUUUUGUUCUUAUUGCUAAUAGUUUAAAUUCUUUUGUGUGUAUAGCAAAUCAUCUAAGAAUUAUUACGAACCACUUGAUGAAUCAGAAAUGGAUUUUCUUUCUUUUUUCUUCUUUGCGGUUA